GUCCGUCAGACACACAUCGAUCUUCUCAUCCGCCCCGGCUAUGGACGUCACAAGACGUUGCGCACGCAUAGCAGAGCUUUAGACACGUGAUUGAAACCAAGAUGGCGGCGCCCACAAGUAAAACGUGAAGAUAGUUUUGCAUUCUGCAGUCGUGUGUUUAAAGACACCAAGCAAGAUGUCGCGACUGAUCGUGAAAAAUCUCCCCAACGGGAUGAAAGAAGAUAGGUUCCGAGACUUGUUUGCUGCUUUUGGCACUUUAACUGACUGCUCCCUGAAAUAUACAAAGGAUGGCAAAUUCCGCAAGUUUGGUUUCAUCGGUUUCGGUUUAGCAGAUGAGGCCAAAGAGGCACUGAAACACUUCAACAAGAGUUACAUUGACACAUCCCGUAUAUCUGUGGAACUAUGUAAAUCAUUUGGCGAUCCUGCCAAGGACAAAGCUUGGAGCAAAUACUCCCAGAAAAAUGCCAAGGAGGCGGCAAAGAAAAAGAUUGAAAGGGAAAUACCUGUUGACAGUAAAGUGUCGAAGAAGAAGAAGAAUGAAGCGUUGGAGCAACUGGAAACGGACAGUGGCUUCAAAGAGUUUCUCACUGUGCACCAAAACAGGAAUAAGACUGCCACGUGGGCUAACGACACCCAGCCUGAGCCAGUGGGGAAGAUAAAGAGCCGCUCACAGGAUGAUUACCUGAAUUUUGACUCUGAAUCAGACCAAGAUACUGGUGAUGAAAAUGAGAAUGGAUCAGGAAAGAAAGACGAACAAACCGCUGGUGGGAAACUUGCUCUGCAGCCAGAGAUUUCAGACAUGGAAUACCUUAAGUCCAAGGUAGUGAGAGAUCACCCUAGCACCACAUCUGGAGAUGAGGGAGAGGCAGAGCAUAAGGAAAGAGAGAGAGAAGCAGAUGAGCAGAAAACUAUUGGCAUCAGCAAAGAUCCUGUGCGGUCGGAGAAGAGCAAAAUAGUGAAGAAAGAGAAGCCACCUGUGCAGAAUGAGCCUACAACUCCAUAUACUGUCAAACUGAGGGGAGCACCUUUCAAUGUAACAGAACAAAAUGUGCGCGAGUUCCUUUUGCCAUUAAAGCCAGCUGCCAUAAGAAUAGUGCGGAACACCCAUGGCAACAAGACCGGUUAUAUAUUUGUGGACUUCCAGAGUGAAGAGGAGUUAAAUAAAGCUCUUAAAAAGAACAAGGAUUAUAUGGGUAAGAGAUACAUUGAGGUGUUUCAAGUUGAGCAAGCCAAGGAACCAGAUCUCUCAUCAAAGGCCCAAAAUAGACCAUGGGAACAGCGGAUGAAGGACUCUGAGAUACAAGAAGACUUAUCAGAUUCUGGAAGACUCUUUAUCAGAAACUUGUCAUAUAGCUGCGCGGAGGCUGACUUAGAGACUCUAUUCUCCAAAUAUGGUCCUCUCUCUGAGAUACAUUUUCCAAUUGACAAACUGACAAAGAAGCCGAAGGGUUUUGCCUUUGUCACAUUCCUCAUUGCAGAGCAUGCUGUUAAAGCCUAUGCAGAUGUUGAUGGACAAAUUUUCCAGGGCCGCAUGCUGCAUGUUCUUCCCUCCACUGCUAAGAAGGAAGAGGAAGGUGAGGUUGGAGCAGAUUCUGCUGGAUACAAGAAGCAAAAAGCUUUAAAGAACAAAGCUAACAGUUCCAGUUCUCACAACUGGAAUACACUGUUCAUGGGAACAAGCGCAGUGGCUGAUGUGAUUGCUCAGAAGUUCAACACUAGCAAGAACCAAGUACUAGACCAUGAAGGAAAGGGCAGCGUAGCUGUGAGGGUUGCUUUAGGAGAGACGCAGGUAGUACAAGAUGUGCGUCAAUUCCUGCUUGAAAAUGGAGUCCGUCUGGAUUCUUUCAGCCAGGCUGCUGGGCCACGCAGUAAGACAGUGAUCCUGGUAAAGAAUCUCCCAGCUGGUUGUCAAUCAGCAGAACUACAAGAGGUGUUUGGACGUUUUGGGCAUCUGGGGAGGGUGCUACUGCCAGAAGGUGGCAUAAGUGCCAUUGUGGAGUUUCUUGAACCUACUGAAGCAAAGCAAGCUUUCCGUAAAUUGGCUUACACAAAGUUUCAGCAUGUUCCCCUUUACUUGGAGUGGGCUCCUAUGAAUGUCUUCAACAGCCCACCCGCUGUGAUGAAAGCAGAGCCAGUAAAAGAAACCAAGCCCGCUGAGCAAGAGAAAGAAGAGACUGUAGAAACACAGACAAAGCAGAAGACAGAGUCAGAAGAGGAAGAUGAUGAGGAAGAAACUCUUCAAGGUUGUACUUUGUUUAUUAAAAACCUGAACUUCAGCACCAGUGAAGAAACGCUUAGGGAGGUCUUUUCCAAAGUUGGGGCUGUGAAAACCUGUACCAUUUCCAAAAAGAAGGAUAAGCAAGGUUCUCUUCUGUCUAUGGGGUUUGGAUUUGUGGCAUAUAGGAAGCCAGAACAGGCACAGAAAGCAAUACGACAGUUGCAGCAUUGCACUGUAGAUGGCCAUCAGCUUGAAGUCAAAUUAUCUGAACGGGCAACCAAACCAGCUCUGUCUUCUGAUCGUAAGAAACAGAUGAACAAAAACCAGAAGAGCUCAAAGAUUCUUGUUCGAAAUGUCCCCUUCCAGGCUACUGUUCAUGAAAUAAGAGAGCUGUUCAGCACGUUUGGAGAACUGAAGACUGUACGUCUGCCCAGGAAAAUGGCUGGCACUGGAGCUCACCGGGGUUUUGGCUUUGUGGACUUUGUAACAAAACAGGAUGCGAAGAGAGCAUUUAAUGCCCUGUGUCACAGUACGCAUCUGUACGGACGCAGGCUGGUGCUGGAAUGGGCGGAUACUGAGGAAAGCGUGGAGACUUUGAGGAGAAAAACUGCUGAACAAUACCACGGUUCGCAAAAAAAGAAGCGGAAAGCCUCUGCCCUGAUGGAUGACUUCAUGGGGAGUCUAGAGCCAGAGGAACAGGAUGAGUAAGAAGUUCCAUGAGUUGUGACGUAUUUUCUGCCAUCUUUCAAAAUUCAUCUGUUUGAGGUGAUUCUGAGACCCCAACACAGAGUUUUUAUUGGACAUUGAUGGAACUGUCUAGGACUUCUGGACCCUCUACAUUCCAACCAGCAGGAUUAGAUGCACUUUCCUGCUUGACUUUUUAAUUUGAGGAGACAAUUUAUAAUUGCACAGAAUAAGAAAGGUGAACUGAAGCAGAACAAAGUGGUUACCGUGCGGCACCUAGCCUAUCAAUGGACUUAUUGUACAAGGUUUUAAUGUUAAAAUAUGUAACCCGGGAGAGUUAAUGUGACAUCACUUAUUUAAUUCUGUGUUUCUCCUCCUUUAAAGAGGCGAUAUGUAUGUUCACAAGAUGGGUAACAGUGCAUUGUGUUACCUCGCAGUUCUCUGGAGCUAGUGGCUCUCCCUGACAGACAGAGAAAGCAGAUCAUGUCCUAUUAAUCAUAUUUAAACCAAGGCUUGUGGGCCCAAAGGGGCAGUUAGAAGGGCUACUUGUUUAAUUAAAAGCCCCAUUUUCCAUA